AGCGACGGCAGAAGAAAAUACAUGUGGAAUAAGAAAAUAUUAAUAAUUUGAUACAUAAAAUCGCACUAAAAACGGUAUUUACUAUCAGACAUCGCUUAAGACAAUAUCUGCUAUUAAUUGCUGAGAUUAAAAUUAAUAUACAUGUAGGCAGACGAUGGACCGUAUUCAAGACUUGUCAGCCUUCCAAGGCGCGAUUUUAUCAGCAGAUAAUUUCCAUUCCUUUUCAAAGCUGAUUUCAAGAGGAGGAAAUGAGGAAAAAGUGAAAUAUGUUCUGGAGAAACUUUCUAAAUUCUUGAAUGAUAAAAACUAUAUCAAUGAGAAUGGAGUGGUCCAAGAAAGGCUGGAUGAAUAUAGAAAACUAGCAUUAUACAUUGCUUUAAAUGCAGACCUACCAAUUCUGGAAGAGAUGACUGAAAUGGAAGGCAUGCAGAUGGUUAUUUGGAUGAUCCCCACUGUUCCCAAGUAUCUUUUGUAUGAGAUUUUCUUUAAUCUCCACAUGCAGCAAUUUUUAUAUGAAAUAAUAGCAUUUACCAACCCUCACCUGGCCUUGCAAAUAGCGGAUGCAUUUAUUAUCAAUAUGAAGUAUUUAAACCCUGUGGAUCAGCUUGACAGGGUCCGCGUAGUCGCCGCAGCUCUCUACAGGUUGAUAUGUAGACUGCACUUUUACCAUGAUGGUAGUGAUGGGGAAUUGUUAACAGAUGCCUUAAAUAACUUCCAGCUGUGUAUCAACAAGUUCACGAACCCUCCUAAUGCAGACAAGGUGCUGAAUAUGCCCAAAGAUGAUCAAUACAAAUACUUGGGAAGAAGCCUUAGUAUCAUGCUGAACCUGAUUGAGGAAUGCAUGCUUCAGUUCACAAGUAAGCAAGAGUUUGAAGCUGAAGGGUUUAAUGAGAUUUAUCUGGGUACACACCAUCCUGAAAGUAUUGCAACAAGAACAUUGAACUUCAAAAUCUGUGAUAGCCCAAAUGAUGCAAUAUUGCAGUACCUAAAUAAAUGCCAUGCACUAUUGCUGGAUGACUGCACAACUCAAGUCAUGAGUGUUAGUGUUGACAUAUUCUGUGCUUGGAGUGAAUAUGAAGAGAAUGGGAAAAGCAUACAGCAAAGCAUUGGAGAGCUCUGCUUUAAACUGCGCUCAAUUCUUCAGGGCAUUCCUAGUAUUUCUGAACAUACUCUUGUUGGUAUGCUAAAACAGAUAUCCAGAGAGCCUUUAAAUCACAAAGAUAUUAUCAAUGAAACUGAUAUUGAAGUUAUUGUAGAGAAAAUCAAUGCUCAUGAUGAAGAAAGCCCUUCGUGGCUUAGUGCACUACUCUAUAAAGAUGAUUUGUGCCAAAAUUUAACACUACUGCUACUUCUUGAAUCAAACAUAGCGCAGUUAAAAGAGGAACAAAGUCACACUUUAUUUGAUAAGAUCAUUGAUCAUCUGCAUGAUGACCAGGAAAACAGUGAAUACUUGAAAGUUCUGGCCAUAAAAGCAUUCCAUCAAUGCAACAAUACUGUUAAAGAUGAAAUCAUCACAAACCAAUUUAGUGACAACCUGCAUGACAAAAUGGAAAAUGGGGAUUACACAACCAUGAUGACAGAGAUAUUCAACAAGCUCACUGUCUCUGAUGAUGCCGAUCCGUCGGAUAUCUUGACAGUAUUCCUUCAGAACCCUAAGCAAACAUUUAUGAAAAUAUUUAAAUUAGCGGCAGAGAAUGAGAAACAGACUGAGAUUAUGUUAAGAGUAAUGGACAGUUUAGAAAAAUAUUGCAAUUUUUACUACAGGCAAGACACUGAACCAUGUAUUGUUAAAGUCUGUAAUAAUGUACUGGAGAGUUUUUUAGACACUGAUGUAAAGCAGAGUAAUUUUGUAAAUUUUAUCAGUAAGCUGAAACAACGGAAUAUAAUUCCAGGGAAUAAAUUAUUAAUGUUAAUAAUAAUGCCAAAUUUGCACAAAGGGUUAAUAAACAAGCAUGUUGUUGGGAUGAAUGUCCAAAUUAAAUUAUUGAUGGCGGCAUACACUAUUGAGGAGUUACUGGAAUUCAGGGCGCCAAUGUUGGCUAUGUUGGCUCAAGUGCUAGAAAUUGUAAGGUGGAAGUUUACUUCCUUUGAAGCAGCCAUGCCGCCAACAUUGGAGUUGGCUUUACAGUUGCAGCAAGAGAUCUUUAACACUUAUGAAGCUGAGAUACCUGAGAAAGAAUUAAAGUGGCUAAAGAGCAAACUGAAAAAUUUGCAGCCUCUGAACAUGUACUACUACCGGAAGCUCUGGGACCCUCCUGGCAGCAGUUUCAUUGAGGUCAUCACUGGACUUCGCAUAAGAAAGGAGAUGGAUGUGGAUCAAAUCACAUCCAUGCUGUUACAAGUAUUAUGCUCCAUCACUUAUCAAGAGAUGUCAGAAAUAUAUAAUGGCUUGUCGGUAUUCGGAGAUGACACAACCCUGGAAAUACUACAAGAUGCUGUAUUACUGGUCACAGUAGCAGAGAAGUCAAACAGGACAGAUAUUUCGUGGGCAUGUCUGCUCAACUGCUAUAGGAACUUCAUUAUUACUAUAAAGAACAAAUAUUUCAAGGAACCUCUUACCAACGAUCAAGUAAUGAACGUUGUGCGAAAACUAGUGAGGAUUGUCAAUAUAGUGGACGAAAAAUACGUGAACGAAUUUGCAGCAAUUUUAAUGCCAUUGCUGUCUUACAUAGCUGAGAAAAGAAGUGAUUACUCCUCGGACAUUGCCAAUUAUAUACAAGAGAAAGUGAAAAAGACACAGUUUUCUUCAAUACUCAAUCAAGUUUUCAUUAGCUCUAAUGUAUAAUUUUUUCUCACAACACCUUAGUUGAUGUUUACCACUUUGCAGUAUUUAAUUGAUUCCCGUUUAGUGAUAUGUUC